CGCCGCGGAGUGCACCUACAGGGAAUGGGAAAGUGCUUCAGCAACAGGUGCUGGAGAAGACUGAACGGAGGAAGUGGCUGCUUGCUUGCGCUGAACCGCUCCUCCCCCGGGGGAAAAAAGGUUCGAGGCUCACUUCCUCGGCUGCGGAAAAACAGAAGAAAACUCGUGGAAUUAGGAGUUGGGGAAGGGCGGACUGAGGUUUUACCUCCUAGAGGCUCCAGGGAGUGGGAGGAGACGCCAUGGCCUGGAUCUGGCAGUGGCAAUUCCAAGCGCUCUUUAUCGGCCUCACCUCGACAGGUUGUUUCUCUGUUCUUGUGACAGUGCCAGAUACUGAGCGAUACACAACUUUAUUUGCUUCUGUGACCCUCCGAUGUGACUAUAGUACUUCAGCACCACUGCAGGAUGUAGUUGUUACCUGGCGCUAUAAAUCUUUUUGCAAAGAUCCCAUUCUUGAUUACUAUACUGUGGCCUAUCAGGCAUACCAAGAUCUUGGCCAGGAUCCUUCCAAUGACUGCAAUGACAACCAACGGGAAGUGCGCAUUGUUGCUCAAAAAAGAGGUCAGAAUGAACCAGUGUUGGGUGUGGAUUACAGGCAGCGAAAGAUCACAAUUCAGAAUAGAGCAGAUCUUGUAAUUAAUGAAGUUAUGUGGUGGGACCACGGAGUCUAUUAUUGUACUGUUGAAGCUCCUGGAGACACAACUGGUGAUCCAGACAAAGAAAUCAAGCUCAUUGUUUUGAAUUGGUUGACAGUAAUCUUCAUCCUUCUGGGUGCCCUCCUCCUCUUCAUGCUAAUUGGAAUAUGCUGGUGUCAGUGCUGCCCUCAGUAUUGCUGCUGCCAUGUGCGCUGUGCCUGCUGCCCAACUCGUUGCUGCUGCAAUGAAAAAGUCAUGGAACGGCACCACUUCGUGAAACAAGCUCAACAACUUCUUCCAUGGAUGACACACCACUCUCAGUCAUCUUCAUACCAAUUAAACCCACUUUUGCAGAGAGACGUAUCUCUCCAAAGCAGCCAACCAUUAAUGCCCCCACUUGCCCAAAUGCCUUCUAGCAACAAGAUCUUGGACCAUCUUGAAUCUGAGAUCAGGAACCUUAAUCUUUCUCAGCCUAUGCUACCUUCACAUCCUGUUGGAAGCAGUCAGCAUCCCAGCAUUCUCUCUUCUUUGGGUUCAGAGAUUGUGGAACGCAGAGUAAUCCAAUUGCCUCCUAUUGUUGAGCAUAUCUCAUCCUCUCAGAGAUCUAGCAGGUCAUCACAACCAGGGAGGACUAGACAUACUUCAAGACCUCGGAACAGCACAAAUGAAAACCAGAGGGAGGAGAGAAGAUGGAGGCAUCGUUCAUCUUGGGAUGAUGACUCUCCUUCCAGCUAUGAUCAGGAACUAUGGGACAGGCAUAGAAAUCACAGAACUGAAUCACAAAGAUAUGGCAGCCAUCAUGAUAGAUACCGGAGUUCUACAACAGAUGUAAUACCCACCUCACGUGGCAGAAAUAGUUUUGAUUCCCAUCUUGAGACCAGAAGAGGGUAUUCUGGACAGCACCACUCUGGGAGAAAAAAUCAACAUUCACAACGACGAACGUAUCAACGUGACAAGAACUUUGGUCAGCAGGAUCAUCGAAGACAUCGCAGUUAUUCUCCACCAUCCUCCUGGGAGUCAUGGAGUUCCUCUGAAGAACAGGAGAACUCUCGGAAAAACAAUAGGCGGCAUCAGCAGCAGCAUUCCCCAGACUGGCAAUAUGAAAAACCGCCUAGUUAUUGUUCCGUUGAAGUUACCCCAACCAAGAAGCAGAAACUCAGAAAGUCGGCAGAACAGUCGGAAAAAGGCAGUUCUCGCAGUGGGAUGAGUGUUGUCAUUUAGCCUCUUCACUCUUAUUACCGUAUAUAAUGAGAUUUCAGUGUCUGGCUGAACAGAUUUUCAUUCUGUCUUUUAAUAUUAUUCACUAAGUGCACCAGUCAUUAACAGGUUUAUUUCACCAUUACCAUCAGCCUGCACCUUCUUGUAUUAAAAGUUUUUAAUCAUUGUUGCACUUUGAAAAAUGCAGUAAGAUUUUUUACAAAACAAAUUAUUUUUACAAAACAAAUACUGAAACAUGAAUGAUUUCCUUACCUGGGUCUUGAGGUCUUACCUGGAUCUUAAUAUUCUUACUAAGGAUACAAAUCUGCAACAGUUCAUUAAUUGGUGGGGUAGUUUCUGUUACUCCAAAAGAUAACACUUUUAAUCCUGGAUAAUGAAUUACACAUACUGUGUAAUAAGAUUUCUAGAAAUGAGUCAGAAAACUUUCAGAUACUAGUGCAUAUAUCUAGUAUCCACAUUCUGCACAAAUCUUUUAGCUACAUUAUUUGAUGUCGAUAGAAAUGUAGCCUAAUUUGAUAGGUUUGAACAUUCAAAGAAAUUAAAAAGUUGAUAAGUGAAAAAAUAUUUUACUGUAAUGUUGGAAACAAUGUUGGGCAAUAGGCAAUAAAAAUAACACACCAUUGCUGUGUACUCCCAGUACAUCAAGGAAAGUGGCUAGAAGGAUGUAUCUUUUAAUGAAUGUUAAAACAUGUCCAGUCACAUCUAGACCAUAUCUUUCUAAGUCUGAGGCAGAUAUUCACAACUGCUCAAAAUAUUUUCAUCAUUAGGAAAUAAGGUACAAAGUGAAAUAUUGAUUGUUAUAACUGUUGGAGUGGUGCGGUUCAAUUUUUUUUAUUAAUCAUUUACAUGAGAAGUUGAGAAUUAUUAUCAAAUUUGCAAACGAUACAAAACUAAGUGGGAACUACUAAUAUGCUAAAAGAGAAAGCUCAGAAUGAUUUGUAUAGAUAAUGUAAAGCUAGAAGCCAGAAAGAUAUAAUAACAGAAUGAAACUAAAUGAUGGUAAAUGCAAAGUUACUCAUGAAACAAAUGCACAAACGUAAGAUAGGUGACACUGAGCUUGAUUGUAAUACUUGGGCAAAAGAUCAAGGAAUAGUUGAUUAAAAUCUAAUUAUGAAUCAGAAGUAUGAUUAGAUCGCAAAGUAGGCAGCUUGAUGUUAAACUUCAUCACGACAAGUAUAGUUUCCAAAUUAGGAAAUUUACUUAUUUGUUACAUUGCAUUGCUCAGACUCCACCUUGAUUACUGUCUUCAGUUUGGGCACUAUGUGUUACAAAAGAUUCAAAGAACCAGAGAAAGGCAGUGAGGAUGAUAAGAUGUCUGCAAACUAAGUCUUUACAAAGAGGGGUUGAGGAGUCUAGGUCCUAAACUAUCAUACCGGGACAGAGUACGUGACUUUGAUUAAUACCCUGCCUUCAGGUUCUUUGCAUCCACCAUACCUCCUCUGAUAUCACUACCUUUUCUAGAUUGAGCAGGAAAAUCAACAAAAGGUUUAUAUGUAAGUAUACUUGAAUGGUAGUAGAAUUGUUUAUGAAGUCAGGGCUCUUGCUAAAGCAGGAUUUCUGUUUGUGUGGAAGCCUCUAAUCACAGUAAAGUUUAUGAUAGGGAGGUCAAAUAUGGGUGAAUUAGAAAACAUAUGAAGCCCCAUCCUUUUGCAUUAAUUUAUCUUAAUUAUAGAUAUAGCUUCUCUAUGUAGAAAUUAUAAACAGAUAUACAGUAUUGUAACAUUGUUCACUGUGGAAACUGGCUUCAUUUGUCAAUUUAAACACAGCCAUAUUUCAAGGGGAGAGUAAAUAAACAUCAUCAUCAUCAUAAUAAUAAUAAUAUAAAAAGUUGGAAAUAUGGGGCCUAUUGUUGAGAUACUGUUUUGCAGGUGGAUUUUUAAUGGAUGGGAUAGAGCACAGGUGGGCAACCUGCGGCUCUGGAGCCGCAUGCGGCUCUUUGAGCCUUCCCCUGUGGCUCCCAGCCUCCUCCGCCAUUUGCAGAGAGAGACAGAGACAAAGAGAGGCAAUUGCGCUUCC